CGCUGUCUCGUGAGACUGAGACGCGCACUCGGCCUCGCGCACUGGCAGGAGGUCUCAGUCGCGUACAUGGCGGCUGUCUGUACGUACGUGCAAUGCACGCGGUCGGUCGAUCGGGUUGGGCGUCACUCUCAAAUGACGUCCGUUCGAUCGCGUCGUGUCCGAGAGAGUGCUUUGGCAUUACAGUGCUUCGCGGGGCGGCUGCUCGGGGUAACGAAUGUACAGAACUAUCUACACGCCGUCGCGCGCUGCAUUAUUGCUCGAGAGAUGUGGCCCACCAAGAGGAUCGAACGAACGGGGGAACGAGGACAACAACAACAACAAAAAAACAAGGAGCCUGUGGAUAACGAGGGGGGGUAUGGAGGGGUGGAGGGAGCGGCUAUCACCAAUAAUGUAAGGAAUAGUUGUAUAUCGAGGUGCGAAUGAUGAUGCUCGGGAAAAGGGGGAUGCGCUGAUGAGGGUGGGGUCGAUGAUGAUGAUGGUGGUGGUGGUGGUGGUGGUGAUGGUGGUGAUGCGAAUAUCCAUACAAGCGAGGGCGGGAGACGAAAGCGACGAGCAGAUAGGGAGAGCGGAUGGACGGAAAUGAUACGGGAGAGGGUCGCGAAGGGCUACCUGCCGAGGACCUCGCCAUAGAAGCGGCGGGCGCUCUUCGCGAGGGAUGGAAUUUUUGGGCGGGAGAGGAUGCCGAUGCUGCUCCGGCGACUCUGGGCCUCGAUCCGCGCCAGCUCCUCCUCCCACGCGCGG